AUGGCGCUGCUAGUUGAUUCAGUCAUUUUAAGGUUAACUCCUCAUGAUAGACGAAAGCUAGUGGCUCAUCGCCUUAAUCAUGGCGUUGACCUGUACCAGAAAAGCGAACUUCUUCGUCAUCUUCUAUGUCAAAGGAGCCCUGAACCACCUAUUGAAGAAAGUUUGAUGUGCGAUAUCGAUCGAGUUAUCACUACGUGGAACCAGCUGAAGCUUGAAGUAGGACUUGAGCUGAUCGAGCGUCAAGUUUUGAGAAUAGGUAGUAACGAGGUCCGCCUAGGGGUCUGGAAAGGUGAUAUCACAACCUUAAAAGUGACGGGCAUUGUGAAUGCGGCUAACCUGGCCUUGCUUGGGUGCUUUCAGCCAUCACACAAAUGUAUUGACAAUGUUAUCCAUUCCGCUGCCGGCCCUCGAGUGCGCCAAGCGUGUUUCGAACUAAUGGAGGUUCAGGAUCUUGAGCCAGUAGGCUGUUGCAAAGUGACGCAUGCUGGUGAUUUACCAGCUGAAUACAUUUUACAUACUGUCGGCCCUCAAGUUGCUGAUACAAAGCAGCCGACACGAUAUCAAGGGUUGCAAUUAUCAAGCUGCUACCAAUCUUGUCUAGAAGCUCUAGAACUGGUAGCAGGAUCUGAUAAACUGAUAGCAUUUUGUUGUAUAUCUACAGGACUAUUCAACUUUCCACCACUGCAAGCGUGCAAAAUAGCAGUUGCAACAGUUCUAGAUUAUUUUGGAAGACAAAAUCUGACUAUCACGGAUGUCAUCUUCAACGUAUUCACUGAAGAGGAUUCUGAACUUUAUUCAGAAGCAUACACUCGGUUGAGCUUGAAAUAUUCCGGCAUUCUUUUACCCCCAACCAAGGGAGUAACCGGCAAUAAUUUACUGAUUGCGAAGCAGUGGCUACUGCAAGCACCGGUAGUGCUUAUAACGGCCGGAGCUGGUCUCCUGGCCGCAGAUGGAUUGGAUUACAAGGACGAGGUUUUGUUCUCUGAGUUGUAUUCAUCCUUUUCCAAUGAGGGUCUUACUCGUCUUUACGAAACAAUUGGUCAUAACUGGUCCUCAGAAUCUUUGAUGUGGAAAUUUUUUCGACAUCAUCGGGCUGUUGUCCAAUCGUGGCCUCAUAGUGACACCUACGGGCAUUUGAAAUGUCUUGCUGAAAGUCGUGAUGAUUACUUUGUGGUGACUCUGAACGCGGAUAACUUAUUCCGCAGAAAUGGUUUCGACCCAAAGAGGGUAUGGACUCCACAAGGCUGUUACGACAAUGCGCAAUGCUUAGAGUGUGGAUCUGUUGUUGCGAUGGAUUCUUUAAAUGAUGUUGACGUGCCUGUGUGCUCUUCAUGUCAAGGAUCAAUGACUCUCAACGUGCGCGGCGGAGAUUGGUUUAACGACUCACCGUACCAUGAGCAGGAACUUCAUUACAAGGAGUUCCUUCAUCAUCGUGACACGAAUGGUGGGAUAAUACUUGAACUAGGAGUCGGACUCAAUACGCCUAGUGUCAUUCGUUGGCCGAACGAGGAUUUGGUGAGGUCUGGAAGUUGGCGAUUAAUCAGAGUCGGCCUCGGCCCUCUGGCCACAGCUCCAUUUGAUUUGAUUGAGGCUGGUAAAGUGGUCACUAUCAAUGCUGACAUAAAGCAAGUGAUGAGCUUGCUUAUGGAGUAA